GCCCGGUCCUCUCCACUGAACUCCAACCCCCGCGCUCUCUAUCAGCAUCUCAUUCCUGUCUCAAUAUGUCUCAAGAUGGCGGCCAAUGCAGGAUCGAUGUUUCAAUAUUGGAAGCGCUUUGACUUACAACAACUACAGAAAGAACUCGAUGCCACCGCCACACAGCUUGCCAACAGACAGGACGAGAGCGAACAGUCCAGGAAGAAACUAAUCGACCUGAGCCGUGAGUUCAAGAAGAACACGCCAGAGGAUUUUCGGAAACAGGUUGCCCCUUUGCUCAAGAGCUUCCAAGGAGAGAUUGAUGCCUUGAGUAAGAGAAGUAAAGAAGCAGAGGCCGCCUUCUUGAACGUUUACAAGAAAAUAAUCGAUGUCCCAGAUCCCGUACCUGUGUUGGAACUGGCUCAGCAGCUACAGCUGAAGCUCCAGAGGAUGCACGACAUUGAGACAGAGAACACCAAACUCCGAGAGACGCUGGAGGACUAUAACAAAGAGUUUGCAGAAGUCAAGAAUCAAGAGGUGACCAUUAAGACUUUGAAGGAGAAAAUCCGUGAGUACGAGCAGUCUCUGAAGAGCCAAGCCGAGAACCUGGCCCAGGAGAAGCAGCUCCAGCUACACAAUGACUAUGCAGAGAAGGAGAGGAAGCUCCAGGAGAGCCAGGACUCCAUGUCGUCAAGGUUGGAAGAGGCUGAACACAAGGCCCAGUCCCUACAGACAGCACUUGAAACAACUCAGGCCGAGCUCUUUGAUUUGAAGACGAAGUAUGACGAGGAAUCCACAGCAAAAGCCGAUGAGAUUGAGAUGUUGAUGACAGACCUGGAAAGAGCCAAUCAGCGAGCAGAAGCCGCUCAGAGAGAGGCGGAGUCGCUCAGAGAGCAGCUCUCCUUGAGUAACCAAUCCCAACAGCUCAGCAGCCCAACCAAGGCCGACUCCGACACGGAACCGGUGGCAGAGGCGGCAUCCCACUCAAGUCUGGAGGCAGAGCUCAGGGCCAAAGAAAGGGAGACUGCCCAGCUGGUGGAGGAUGUCCAGAGACUGCAGGCCAGCCUGACCAAACUCAGAGAGACCACCAGCUCCCAGAUUACACAGCUGGAGCAGCAGCUCAGCAGCAAGACAGCCAUUCUCAAGGAACUGGAGGAGAAACUGCAGAAGCAAGCAGACUAUGAAGAAGUGAAGAAGGAGUUGAGUAUCCUCAAGUCUGUGGAGUUCGGAACAUCUGACUCUGUGCAGGACUCAUCCAAACCUCUGGAGGUGCUGUUGCUGGAGAGGAACCGUAGUCUUCAGUCUGAGAGUGCCGCUCUGCGCAUCGCCAACACCGACCUCAGUGGCCGUUAUGCAGAGCUGCAGGUGGAGUUUUCAGCUGCGGUGCAGACCAGCGCGGAGCAGAAGGAGCUGAUCGUGAAGCUGGAGCAUGACCUGAGCACCAUCCAGGCCAUGUCCUCCCUGCCGCGCCCUGACGCAGAUGGGUCAGAGAUCAGCAACAUGGAGAACAUCCCGGAGCCCAUCAAAGAGGCCACUGCCCUGUUUACUGGUUCAGGUGUCAGUCCCCAUCCGGAGCUUCCUCAGGGCCAGAUGGACUCACUGCUCUCCAUCAUCUCCAGCCAAAGGGAGCGGUUCCGCUCUCGCAACCAGGAGCUGGAAGCUGAGAGUCGUUCCAUGCAGCAGACCAUGCAGGCCCUGCAGAAUGAACUGGACAGCCUGAGAGCAGACAACAUCAAACUCUAUGAGAAAAUCAAAUUCCUGCAGAGCUAUGCCAGCAAGGCUGGAAGUAGUGAUGACACUGUGAUGCGUUACUCCUCCCAGUACGAGGAGAAACUGGAUCCAUUUGCUUCUUUCAGCAAGACGGAACGUCAGCGCAGAUACCUGAGCCUCAGCCCUUGGGAUAAAGCAACCCUGAGCCUGGGGCGAGUGAUUCUCUCCAACAAGACAGCCAGGACCAUUGCUUUCUUCUACACCCUGUUUCUGCAUUGUUUGGUUUUUCUGGUGUUGUACAAGGCGGCUUGGAGCGAGAGUAUUGGCAGAGACUGCUCCACAUAUUGUGCUAAAAAGUAUGCUGACCACCUCCACCGUUUCCAUGGCGACAAUCAGAACCUCUAAGAUGUGCCAUGGUAGUAUCAUCACAUCCCAGUGAGAUGGGACAUGCUGGAUGGUUGAGCAGAGUGCACCUCUUGCACACAUACUGA